GCGUCAGCGAGCUAAAGUCCACUCCCUUCUCCAUGACAUUCAUCUCUCUACGCAUUGAAUUUAGCGGUGGCCUGGAGCUCCUCUUUUCGAAUGAGAAACGACAUAAAAUCACUAUACCUGCUCAAGUUCCUGUAGAUAAUAACCCAAAAGUCGAUGGGCCUAGGAAUGGAGACACCAAAGCAGCUGAUAUGGAUUUUCUGAUCCAUUGGCUACGCGAGCAUCUUCUAAAGGAGCGAACAGAACUUUUCAUGGAAAAUAGCACAGUGUAAGUGUUCUCUAUAACCGAUAUUUACAGCCGCUCUCCGAUAAUCCAUCGCCAUCUUCAGGCGACCAGGGAUUCUAGUGCUUAUUAAUGACACAGAUUGGGAAUUAGAAGGCGAAGGAGAAUACCAAUUGAAAGAUAACGACGAGAUUGUCUUUAUUUCUACCUUGCACGGCGGGUAGACACUCGAAAGGAGGGUGAAGGCUUCAAACAAUAUCAAUCACUCUUUCACCGAUCCAGUGUACCAUUUGUGGAACUCAACUUUUAAAGAGAUUAUUGUACAUACCACGAUUACGCGACGUUGCUCAAUGUCAAGACUUUGUCUGACUACAUUCGUCUGAUGCGAGCUACUGUUUACCUCGACCCCAAUUCAUCGAAAUGCGCGUGGAAGUUGCAAUUGACUGUCAGCAUACUCGCCUAAACAGGCCAGUCGUACUUGCGGUAACGACGACCUGCCUAUCGUGACAUUUCGUCGUUAUCGCGUGAACAAAUAUCUGCUUUGGAUGGGUACGGGGAGACGCCUUUGACGAAGACUCUAGCUCCUGAGUCUGAAUACCACAACGCUCGGGGAAAUUGCUUUGGCCGAUACCUACCGUUCGGAAGAUCGGAACGGGCCCGGCUCACGCGCUCCGUCCACCUCGCCUUCCAUUUGUCGAGGUUCACUGAUUGUCCAGUAGAACCAGAAUUUUG